CUGUGGUGUAUCCACACAUUAAAUCCGGUAUGUUGAGGUAACUCAGCCAUGUCAGCUGCCCUUUCUGUCGAUGACCCAGCGCAGCAUGCCACCGCUGGCAAAGAAGCUGCGGUGGUCUAUGCGGCAUUUAUCAUCUUCGGACUGGGCAGUUGGAUCUCCAUCAAUAGUGUUUUCGUACAAUCAUCCUUCCUGGUCUACAGCCAGCCAGAGGGCUGGUCUCUAACCACCUGGAUUGUGGUUGCCUUGCAACUGGCCAACCUUGGUGCAUUGCUGCUGCUGCGACCGCUGGUGCGUCGGGCACCGGCCGACUGGAGAACCAGCGCUCUUCUGCUGCUGCUGGGCGUGUGUGCAAGUGUUGUUCUUGCCGCCGGAGCUUGCCAUAGUACAGCCUGGCUCUUUGGCGCCGAGCGCUCGACCGGGCUUCUGACCAUGACCUUCGUGGCAGGCAUCGCAAGCUGCGGCAGCUCCUUGGUCUUCUACCCCUUUGCGUCCACCUUUCCGAGGCGUUACACCACGGCACUGGCGAUCGGUGAAGGUCUCAGCGGCUCUGCCGCAGGUGUCCUGGGCAUGUUGCAGAACUCAGGUGCCAUAGCACGAAGUUCGACUGGAGCCUUCGCGUUCUCGGCGGUGCUUGGUGCGGUGGCACUGCUGGGGCUGCUGUUUCUAGAUCGCCACCCAUAUGCCAAGCUGUGCCAUGAGCCUCCGCAAGCAUGUGAAGAGAGCAUGUCUGGCAGAGCCACAAGCAAUUGCGGCACCUCUGAUUGGCGGCAUUUCUACCCCAGCUUCGUAGCAGUCUUCGUGGGUGCUGCUUUGAACUUUGGCCUUCUUCCCUCCUUAAAUCCCCUUGCAUGUUCGCACUAUGGCAAUUCACAGACAGUCCUUUUGUGGAGCAAUGCUGUGAUCUACGGCUUCGAUCCGGUCAGCCGCUUGAUGACGGCCUUCACUCACUUUAGGCGCCUCAACGCCUUGACCUUGCUCUUCACCUGUGCCGCGCUGCUCGUGACCGGUUUAGCGAAAUGGCCCAGCCUUGCUUGGAGCCCAUGGGUGAUACCAAUGGCCAACGUGGUCUUUGCUGCAAGCUUUGGCUAUGCACGGACCAUGGCUUUCCUCAUCCUGAAGGAUGGUGCGGAUCCAACACAUCUUUACUGGUUGGCCGGGGUGGUUCUGCAAGCCGGCAGCUUCCUGGGCAGCGUCGUCUCUUUGCUCCUAGUAGAGGUCUUGAAGGUCUUCUGACUUCUGGCGAAAAAAAGCGCUGUCGCGGAGUCGUUUUUUGGGAAUCGACCUCGAUCUUGGAGGGAUGCUCUGGUUGAAUAACUUCCGACAUAAGAACCAGUAGCAGACACACUGAGGUGUGUGGGGUGUGCAUGCAAAUUAGUAUGCAAAAACAUGUCAAACCAUUCCAGCACGCAUGUGGCCCAAAUCCACCAG